UUAGAAGAGAAAUCUUCCUUUCUUAGCUCUAUCAUCAUCCUUGCCCUCCCUAAAAGAUGCCGCAAGAAACACUAGCAUUUCCGCCUCUGUACUGCAUCGUUGGUGCAUAUCGACUUGCCCAUGAUGAUCGAUUAUGGAAACCAAUGUGGAAAGAAUGCAGUCAAGCUGUCAAACGAGCAGGAAUGGUUGCCGGCGGUUGGGCAGCAAUCACUUGGCCGAUUCAAAAGUUGUUUGUGUACUACUUUAUGCGUGGAAGUGCAAAAGUGACGGGAAUGUCAGCAUUGUACCAUACAGUCACAACGAAAGCAGACAGCUUGGAUGGCAGCAAUGAUUCCAGAAUGUUAGGAUUCGGAUUGCCGUCACUGACAACAUUUGCCGCAAUGAUGUUUGUUUUGGGACAAUGUCAUACCAUUAUGGAAUUUUGGCUUCGACGUAAAUUACGCAAGUUUCGUAAUACGGCUUAUGAGGCAACAGUACUUUCACGCGGUAAGCCACAAGAAUGGUGGACACCUUAUUAUGAAGAAUGGGAUGAUCCACCAACGGAAAAAGCAAUGAAGAAUUCACAGAAGCAAAAGUUAUACAUUCGACUUGCUUCACCUUUCAUUCGAAUCUUUAUUUUACGAGUUGCACUACUGCCUUUGGACUUUAUUCCUUUCUUAGGUUUGAUUGUUUCAGCCGUUUUGCGAUCACUCUCGAUGGGCAGACAAUUACAUAGUCUCCUUUUCGCAUACAAGAAGAUGACACCACUGCAAGUGGAGCUGUGGCUAACGGAGAGGCAAUUCGAGUAUCGCAGCUUUGGAUUUGUGGCGGCAUUGCUUGAGAGUAUUCCAUUGAUGGGCAUGUUUUUCAGUAUCAGCAAUCGAGUUGGUGCAGCAAUGUAUGCUCACGAUUUGGAAAAACGUCAACAAUUGAUCCGAUCGGGCAAAUUGAAGAGACUACCAAGAAGCGAAACACAUUCACAAAUACCAAAAAUUCCAUUCUCACCUCAAGAUGAAGGAAUUAACGUGCCUGGGAAUGUAUUCGCUUCAUCAUCAUAUGAGAGUACUUCGGGAUCAAGCUCUGCUCCUGAUGAUGCUCCACCGGCAUACACUGUUUCUGAGGCAACUGAUCUGAUCGGUGGUAGCGCAGGACCUGCAGGCAAGCUAGGUUUGGCACCAUCUCACGAGCAUGAACUCAAGAAACGCAAUGUACCACCUCCCCCACUUCCCUCGCGGAAGUGAUGAUGGUUGGGGUCUAUUGUUUGCAUUCUGUAUCUGUUUUUAUUUCGUGAUAUAUUUUAUACAAUUAUUUCUGCGACGUCCAUGGAUCUGUUGCUGCAAUAAAGAGGGAGAUAUCCCUUCUUUCCCAG